AUGCACCCUUUACAGCGCAACUUCCUGCAGGGUGCUCCGAACGCUCCUCUCAGCUUUCUCUACGCUUUGAAUCCCAUGGAGAGGUCUGCGGUAGACUUUUCGGUAGCCGUCGAGCAAGAUGCCACGAGAAGAGAGCCUCCUGUCUCGGAACCGACCAGGCUGUGGCAGCAAGGAAGUCGAUACUGUAGGAGAUCGAGGAUGCCGCCGUACACUUUGAAAGCAACCCACUUCCCCCUCCCAACCCUGGUGGGUCCCCAGCACAGGGAGAGAAGCAUGGUGCUCCACAACGAGAACCCCUUCUUCAUGAUCCGGGGUCUGAAGCCUCUAUGGUUCAGCAAGCGCAAGAACGUGGUCAUCUACCUCGGCAUUGCAAGCUACGUCGCUACCAAGAGAGCGCUUACCAAUGGAGAUGCUACCGCCCUCCAUCACGUCACAAACAUAGAGCCAUUCUACAAUGACUUUGGCGAGAUUGUUUCUUUCUACUCGCUCUCGCGGCCUGCUGCGAGCAGCAAUUUCUUUCUCGCAGACAUCAACGACAUUGUGAAACAGAUCAAGGACUGCGGCUACGAAGAGCGGCCGCUACUCUUUGACACGCCAAGCAACGGCAUGGUGAUCUAG